AAUAAAAAAAAAUCGUCCACGCAAUCUGUCGCGUACCCUCUGCGAAUCGUGGAUGAAGAAAAGGAGAAUCAUUUUGACCUGCUACUGAUUACCGGGAAGGAUGACAAGAAUCAUUAUGCGUUCAUUUCUAAUUUUUCACGCCUAGCCAGUUCGCAAAAAAAUAACCACCAACAUCGAUUGUUUUACUGCAAACGGUGCUUCGCCAGUUUUGAGGACCGCCCAUUACAAUAUAAAUUACAUGGAGAGAGGGCACUGGCCAAGCAUCGUUUACUGUGCGGCGCACACAAACCGGUUGUCCCUCUAAUGCCGAAAGAAGGAGACACGCUCAAAUUUGAGGCGUGGUGUAAGACGGAGCGCCUGCCGUUCGUGGUAUACGCUGACUUUGAAGCCCUACUGCUGAAAACGGGGCGAAAACAAGGCACGAAUACCGCGGCGAUUCACGAACACCAUCCAAUGAGCUACGGGUACCAUGUUGUCGCGGCGGAGGGGGUUCCGACAGAGUUGUUUGACCAGUUCGACAUACCGCGAGCUCCGGUCAUUUUUCGAGGUUCGGCGACCGAGGACGAUGUCGCCAAACGCUUUGUCCGCGAUGUGCUCGGUGUGGCCGAUAAAAUAGCCAGAUUAUAUAAGGAAGUAAAUGUACCGAUUAUUAUGAGUGUUGAGGAUUGCCGCGUGCAUGAAGCCCAGACAAUGUGUGACUUGUGCAGCUGUGCGUUUAGCGAACAGAACUGUAAAACUGCACACCACGACCACUUGUCGGGCCGCUUUCUUAAAACAUUAUGUAACACGUGCAACCUUAAGUUGAAAACGCCAAAAUUCGUACCUUGCUUCCUACAUAAUCUGUCCAACUAAGACGCACAUUUUAUCGUGACAAAUUUAGCGAACGACGACAAUAACCGAAUAUCGGUAAUAGCGAACACCGAGGAAAAGUAUAUUUCAUUUUCGAAGUAUAUAAAUAACUCGUUCUCCGUCAGGUUUAUAGACACGUGUCGAUUCAUGGCCUCAAGCUUGGCACACUUGGCGGAGAAUCUCUCCUCCGCGAACUUUGAUAAGUUUCGCGAAGUCGCGAAAGUGUUCGCCCCGUCGGAGAUGUCGUUGGUCACGCGGAAGGGCGUUUAUCCUUACGAAUAUACGGAUUCGUGGGAUAAAUUGCAAGUACCAUCGUUACCAGACAAGUUCCAGUUCUACAGCGCUUUGACGGAGACGCACGUGUGUGACGAAGACUACGAUCACGCAAUACGAGUUUGGAAUCAUUUCGGUUGCACAACGCUCGGCGCUUAUAGCGAUUUGUACCUUAAAGUCGAUGUGUUGUUAAGCGCCGAUGUGUUCGAGAAUUUCAGGGAUAUAUGUAUGGCCACAUAUCACCUGGACCCCGCGCACUACUACACGUCGCCCGGAUUCAGCUUUGACUGCAUGCUACACUUUACAAAAGUUCAACUUGAACUUUUAAUUGAUUUCGAGAAAGUGUUGUUUUUGGAGUCUGGUACGCGCGGUGGCCUGGUGCAGGCCAGCAAGCGUCACGCGCGCGCCAACAAUCCUGAGACGCCAGGAUACAAUGCCGAAGAACCCAACACGUCGCUCAUAUACUUAGAUGCAAAUAAUUUGUACGGGUACGCGAUGUGUCAGUAUAUGCCAAUUGGAGAUUUCGUAUGGUACUCGGGAAACCCAGAGGUCGCGCUAGCGCAGUUAGAAUGGAUGCGCGCGACGGACGACAUUGGUAGAUUUUACGAGGUGGAUAUUAUAUACUCCCAGGAUCUGCACGAUGUUCAAAACGAUUUGCCAUUCUUGCCUCACUCCAGCAUACCACACGGGUCGACUGUCCGAAAGUUGAUGGCCACAUUUCAGCGGAAAGAACACUACGUGGUACAUUACAUGAAUUUGAAACAGGCCAUGGCUCACGGCGUGGUAGUCGAAAAAACGCACAGAGUGUUGGAGUUCCGACAAUCUCCGUGGUUGGCCCCGUACAUUAAUCUCAACACCGAAUUACGCAAACAGGCGAAAAACAAAUUCGAAGAAAAGUUUUUUAAGGAUUUAAAUAAUUCAGUGUACGGGAAAACUUUCGAAAAUAUGCGGUUACGAAUUAAUUUGGAGCUUGUAUCGUGUCCAGUCAGAAUGCGGAAGCUGAUAAACCGCCCGACGUUCAAGUACUGCACGACAUACAAUGAAAAUCUCUCGGUUGUCACGCAACAUACUAAGGAAGUGGAUUUCUGUAAACCCAUAUACAUAGGAUUCGCCGUACUGGAACUGAGUAAAGUUGUAAUGUACGGGUUUCAUUACGAUGUCAUGAAACGACAUUACGGCGAUAAGAUCGAGCUGCUAUACACAGAUACCGAUUCACUAUUCUACCGCGUGACGACGAACGAUUUCUUCGUGGACCUGAUGAAAAAUCCUAAUUUGAUGCGGUUUAUGGACACCUCGAAUUUCCCACACGACCACAUGUGUUAUACGACUGCUCGGAAGCGUAUUCCCGGAUGUUUUAAAUUCGAGUGUGGCUCCAGAACCGUUUACGAAUUCGUUGCUUUGCGUGCCAAGUCUUAUGCGUACGACGUCGAAGAGGAGAUUACUAUUCGCGCGAAGGGUGUUAUGGGGCACGUGAUGAGAAAUCACCUCACUUUCGCCGAGCAUAAACGGUGCUUAUUCGCCGACGUGGACGACGAUGCAGAAUCCGACGAGUGUGACAACGAGUUCGACGCUAGUAUGGGGAAAAUGAUCGCAGCCGAUUCCGCGCUGAAAGCUGUCGCACAAAUUCAUCGGAACGCCUCAACCUCUGCAACAAAUUCACCGUCGACCACACAUCCGUCCCACGUUUACAGCUACAUGCCAUUCACGCCGUAUAGGGAAAAUGUCUCUAUACGGUCGUUUAAACACGAAUUGCGUACGAUUAGGACUAUGAAACUAGUUUUAAACAGGGCUGACGAUAAGCGUCAUGUGUUACCGGACAACAUUUCGACGUACGCACACGGUCAUCACCGCAUAAAUUAUUAAAUUGUUAUUAUUGUUAUUAUUAUUAUUGUUAUUGUUAUUAUUGUUCAAUGAUCUCAUAUCUGUAUAAAUUGUAUAAUUGCGAAAUGUGUCUGCUGCAUACUUAUAUAACCUGAUAAAAUAUAUAUAUAUA